AUGGGAGUACCAAGUUUAUUUGCAUGGGUAAAACAAAUAUGCCCAAAAUAUGUUAAAAGAUUACCGAAAGAGAUACAAGGGAAAGACAAAAGAGAAAAGAAUGAAACUGGAGAAGAAUAUGAUAAUUUAUAUAUAGAUUUUAAUGGGAUAAUACACCAAUGUUCACAUUCUGAAAAAGAGGAAGAAGCCAAAAGUGAAGAAGAAAUAAUGGAAAGGAUAUUUAAAGAAAUAGACAGAUAUGUUAAUUAUGUAAGACCAAGAAAAAUGAUAUUUAUAGGAGUAGAUGGAGUAUGUCCAGUAGCAAAAAUUAUUCAACAAAGAAAAAGAAGAUAUUGUUCAAUAAUUAAUAAUAAUGGAGGAUUUGAUUCAAAUAGUAUUACACCAGGAACGAAAUUUAUGGAAAAAAUAGGAAUUGCACUUCAUGGAUAUAUUGUUAAUAGAAUGGAUAAUGAUAUAUAUUGGUCAGGACUUAGAGUAAUAUUAAGUGAUUCUAAAGUAGCAGGAGAAGGAGAACAUAAAAUAUAUGAAUUUAUUAGAAAAGAAAUAGAAAAGAAUUGUAAAUUUAAAGAAGAAAGACAUUGUAUUUAUGGAAUGGAUGGAGAUUUAAUUAUUUUAACAUUAGGAAUUAAUAUUACAAAUAUGACAAUUUUAAGAGAAGAACAAGAAAUAAUAAAAAAAAAUAUUAAAUGUGAUAUAUGUGGAAAAAAACAUAAAACAAAAGAUCAUGGAAAAGAAACAAAAUUAAUUAUGUGUUAUCCAAAUGAAUUAAGAAAAUGGCUUAUUAAUGAAGCUAAAAAAAAUCUUAUUGAAACAAAAAAAGAAGAAAAAGAAAAAAAAGGAGAAGAAUAUAAAGAAGAAGAAGAAGAAAUUAACAUAAUAGAAGAAGAAAUUAUUAAUGAUUUUAUAUUAAUUUCAUUUCUAGUUGGAAAUGAUUUUCUUCCAAGAAUUCCAUCAAUUAAAAUUCAAACAAGAGGAAUGGAAAUAUUAUUAAAAAAUUAUUGGAAAUUAUAUGUUAAAGGAAAAAGAUUAAGUAAAGGAACAGAAAUUAAUAUUAAAAAUUUUAAAGAAUUAUUUAAAAUGAUAGGAGAAGAAGAAUCAAAUAUUUUAAAAGAAAUUAUUCAAAAUACAAAAAAAGAUAAAGAAGUUAAAGUAUAUGAUCAAAAUAUUUAUUUUGAUUCAUCAAAAGAAAUAAAAUUAAAUCAAGAAGGUUAUCAUGAUCGUUAUUAUCAAAUUCAUUUUAAUACUACAAAUAUUGAAUUUAUUCAAAAUAUUGUUCAUCAUUAUUUUGAAGGUAUUUCUUGGGUUUUUAAUUAUUAUCUUAAUAAACUUCCUAGUUGGAGAUGGUAUUAUAAAUUUCAUUAUGCUCCUUUUGCUUUAGAUUUUGCUUUAUAUCUUAAUGAAAAUGAUUCUAUUUCUUUUUCUUCUGAUACUCCUAUUCUUCCUUUAGAACAACUUCUUUCUGUUCUUCCUCCUCAUUCUUUUAAUAAUAUUCCUUCUAAACUCGCUCAUUUUGUUCUUUCUCCUAAUUCUCCUAUUCUUCAUUAUUUCAAUACUUCUUUUAAAAUUGAUAUUAAUGGUGAAAAUAAACUUUAUAAAGGAAUUCCUCUUCUUCCUAAUAUUGACAUCGAUCUUCUUCAUUCCUUUGUUUUCGACCUCGAACUUUCUCUUCCUCCUUCUGACUUCAAACGAAAUAUUCUUCUUCCUUUUAAUAUCCUCUACGUCACUAAAAAUUCUUCUCUUCCUCUCUUCUCUAAAAUCCAAUCUUUAUAUCUUUCUAACUCUUCUCUCAUCUUCUCUCUUGACUCUUCUCUUGACCUUUCCCCUUCUCUUUCCUCUCUCCCUUCUCUCUCUUUCUCUUCUUUCUCUCUCUUCCCUCUUUACUUUAUGGACUUCUUCAUCUCUCCUAAACUUCACUAUUUAAUGUUCUCUAAUCAUUCAAUUACCACUUUAACUAAUCGUCACGUCUCUAACGCUUUCUUCUCUAAUUGA